AUGCACACGGAUGUGGUGCUGCUCAACCUGCUGCUGUGGAUGGUCGGUGUGUCCGGGCACAGGAGUCCGAAAGGGCACACGCUGCAGCCAUACAGAAAUGUCAGGUCGAAAAGAGAAAUGCCUCUAACAGAAGGUCCAGGUCGCAAGAUUGGCAGCCCCAUAUUCAAGAGGAGUCCAGAUAUGACGAAAACCUGGGGUACAAAGUCAGAGCAGCUUCUGAGGAUAGACGACCACGACUUUACAAUGCGACCAGGAUUUGGAGGGCCUGCAGUCCCUGUCGGAGUGGAUGUUCAGGUUGAAAGUCUGGAUGCUAUUUCAGAGGUCGAUAUGGACUUUACUAUGACCCUGUAUCUGAGGCACUACUGGAAAGACGAACGUCUAUCCUUCAAAAGCAACAACAACCUGAGCAUGACCUUCGAUGGCCGCCUGGUGAAGAAGAUCUGGGUACCUGACAUGUUUUUUGUCCACUCCAAGAGGUCCUUCACCCACGACACCACCACCGACAAUGUCAUGCUGCGAGUUUACCCAGAUGGCAAAGUCCUCUACAGCCUCCGAGUGACAGUCACAGCCAUGUGCAGCAUGGACCUGAGCCGCUUCCCUCUCGAUACACAGACGUGCUCUUUGGAGAUAGAGAGCUAUGCGUAUACAGAUGAUGACCUGAUGCUGUACUGGAAGGAAGGGAACAGGUCAUUAAACACAGAUGACAGAAUCUCUCUCUCCCAGUUUCUCAUCCAGGAGUUCCACACCACCACCAAGCUGGCCUUCUAUAGCAGCACAGGCUGGUACAACCGUCUGUACAUCAACUUCACUCUGCGGCGGCACGUCUUCUUUUUCCUGCUGCAGACCUACUUCCCGGCAACUCUGAUGGUUAUGCUGUCCUGGGUGUCCUUCUGGAUUGACCGCAGGGCCGUCCCUGCCAGAGUACCACUAGGUAUAACUACAGUGCUCACCAUGUCCACCAUCAUCACUGGAGUCAAUGCCUCCAUGCCCAGGGUGUCCUACAUCAAAGCUGUGGACAUUUACCUGUGGGUCAGCUUUGUCUUUGUGUUCCUGUCGGUGUUAGAGUACGCUGCAGUCAAUUACCUGUCUACACUACAAGAACGCAAGGAAAGGGCACUACGAGAGAGGCUGCCGUGUACUUGUGGUUUGGCCCAUCCUGGCAUGAUGUCAGCCAGCUACAGUGAGGUGGAUGCCAACACGACGGGAAACUACGGCAUGCCAGAAGAGAAUGGAGUGAAACGGGAGAGGAUGCUGGUGCAGCUGGCAAUGGAGAGCGACCAGGUCACUGGCCAUGUUGGCUCCAGCGCCUACAACAAUGUCUGGAUCGACACGCAUGCCAUAGACAAAUACUCCAGAGUCCUAUUUCCUGGAUCCUACAUCUUCUUCAACAUCAUAUACUGGUCUAUCUACUCCUAA